AUGAUCUGGCCACGCAACGACGAAAAGGUCCGGGAACACUUCAAGAAGGACAUCGAGAACCUUCACCUUCUCUACGAUUACGAUGCGGAGAACCCCAAAACAGGAGCUCCUGAGAAAUGGCGCUACGAAAUGUGGUUCCACUCCGAAGAUCGAAUCGUUUACGCUAUCCACGGAGGUCCCAUGGCGGGACGACUGAAUUACCAGAAGGCUGACUACCAAUGUAUUCGUCCCGGAGAGCUCUAUCAAGUAAAUUGGUUGGAGGAGACUGGUACCAUCUGCUCUCUAGUUUACGAUAUCAAGAAGCAAAAGAUUACAACAAUGCUCAACUUUAGCAAAGGCCAUUGGCAGUACCCCGAGAAGGCUCACGGCGACAAGAGGAACCCAGAGGACUUCCAGCGAUGGAGAGACCUCGCCAAGAUUGGUGUCCAGACUGACAGACACAUUCUCAAUGAUCAGGCGACUAUCUUGGAGACGUUCCAUGGAGCUGGUGAUCUGCAAGAUAUCGACCUGAACGCAGCCACUCUCUAA